AUGGCAUCUAACAGGAAGCGAAAACGAGCAAAGAGUCGAGCCAAUGGCAAACCAGAAGGUGCACCAAAAGCAGGAGCGGCGGCAGUAGCAGCGCCAGCAACAUCAAAAGUCCAUGGUAAGGACCCGCUCACGGCUGAGCCUCUAAUCAGCCAAACUGCUCCCCCUGAACCUCGUCCUCCAACAAAGAAAUUCCGAGGCCAGCACCCGCAAAGAACGCAAUUGCCCUUUCCCCCCGCUCCCUUACUUCUUCAACACCCAGUGCUUUCGUUAUAUUUUCCCCACCUGUUACCUCUUCAUUCCUUCCUUCAACAGGCCCUCUCGUUCUCCUCCAAACCCAAAAUCGCUCUUAGAAAAUUCGAGGAAGUUGUUGCUGGUAAGGGGUCCGAUAAGGACCUGGCAUCACUACUAAAAACCUCCGUCGUGGGCCUGGAGAAACUGCGUGUAUCGGAUACGAUACUGGACAUUGAAGAUGCCACCCAAUCAACCGGAGGCACCCGUCAGUCAUCGACGUCCACCCAAUCUGAGAUUGUAGAUCUAACCCUCCACACUCUCUUCUAUCGGUCCUUAUCAACAAAGAGAUCAAAUAGCGCAGUUUAUCCAGGAAAACCAAAUAAUAUACUGGCACAAGGUUACGCUUUGAAUAACCACCGCAUUGCAGCAGCACCGGGGGAUGAGGCGAUGCUGGAUCUGCUGCUCAACACAAGCAUAUUCCUUCAACUGGAUGGCCCGCACGGUGACCAGUACGAUGUUGCAAAAGCAAACUACUACCAACUUGCAGGGCCAUCACUAUCGGAUUUCUUGAACAACCCGGUAGCACAGCCAGUACCACUUCACACUAGUAGCACCCGUCCCGCUGGUGCUGGUGCACCCUUGAAACGCUGCUUGUCGGAAAUUGAAGGUGCGGGUGCCAAGAACAUCGACAAGAAGAUUAGGCCGAACCGUCUUCGUCCCGCUGCCGCCGAAGGUCUUAAACUUACCAAUACCACCAAUAUUACCAACCGUAGCGGUACAACCACUCCUGCUACUACCAAUGACAAGAGUGGCGUAAAACGUUUGCAUUCCGUAAAAAUGCAGCCGUGGUACAGCGAGACUUGA